AUGUUGGGAUCAUUUCUCUUCUCCAUAUUGGACUUGCUUAAAGAGAAUUAUAUACUCUCAGCCGUGUGGUUUGUGGUUUGCAUUUUUUUCAAGCAAAUGGGAUUGUAUUAUGCUCCGUUCAUAUUCGCAUUCAUGCUUGCCAGUGGCUUCACUAACUACUAUGAUAUCCCAAACCCGCUGAUCUGGAAAGUUGCUCGUAGUUUUAACUUGAAACAAAUACUAUCUAUCGGAUUUGCAGUGGCAUUGACCAUACUUGUGAUAUUGCUGCCAUUUUUGUUUGUCCCUGAAAAAGACCACUGGCCAAUUAUACAACAGAUAUUCAUCAGGGUUUUCCCCUUCCAACGUGGAUUAUUCGAAGAUAAGGUUGCAAACUUUUGGUGCGUCUCCAAUUUGUUGGUCAAGUACAAGUCGAUUUUCUCGGUUCCAGAGUUGACGAGACUUUCACUUGCAGUGACUUUAGUAUCAUUAUUGCCUCCUUGUGCAAUCAUAUUCUUCAAAAGAAUCUUCAAGGAGUCCUACAGCAAGAAGGCAAGCCCUAGACCACACGCAGUUCCUGUUUUGCUUGGUUUUGCUGCAACUGCGUGGAGCUUUUAUUUGUUUUCGUUUCAAGUGCACGAGAAAACGGUGUUGGUUCCUCUUCUCCCCACUACGUUGUUGUACUUGGUCAAUGAUCUUGACUGGUUUGCAAUCGUGUCGUGGGUCAACAAUGCUGCAAUCUUCAGUAUGUGGCCUUUGUUAAAAAAAGAUGGCUUGGUUUUGCAGUACACUGUCCAUGUUCUCUUAUCAAAUUGGUUGUUGGGUGGAUUUACCUUUGACAUAAGGAAAAAUCUCUUGAUUCCUAAGCGGAAUAAGCUUUGGCAGCUUAUCAUUGGCCUUUCCUAUGCAUCGAUGACUGCCUUUCAUGUCAUUGAUAACUUUCUCAUUCCACCAGAAAAAUACCCUGAUUUAUGGGUCAUACUCAACUCUACCAUUGCGUUUGGUAUUUUCUCAAUAACUUGGAUCUGGUUAUUAUACAACCUUUAUAUUCACUAA